AGAGAGAGAGAGAAGAGAGAAGAGAAAGUCAAAGCCCGGAAAUGAGAAGGGAAAGGACUGUGUGCGAUCUGGGAGUAUCGAUGAGAGCUGCACCUGAUCGAUCACUGAUCUGAGAUCUGCUGUUCGAGGAUGUGAGAAUGAAUCGAGACUUGUGAGCCUCAUCAUCAGCGGUUGUAGCAUCAGGACCAGCAUCAGAAACCCAAACGCGUUUCGGCCGUACGCGUGUGUCCCUGGCGGGCCGCCGUCGCGAUGGGCGAGAACAUGUCUAAGCGCCUGAAGCUCGUGUCGGGCUCGGAGUCCGCGAUGGAGGAGCGCAGUUUCCCGAACCCGUUCCCGGACUGGGACCCGGGGCUCCUGCUGUCCCCGCAAGCCGGAGAACACGAGCCCGAGCCCGCGGAGCUGUUCGACGCCACCGGGAAGAUCAGUCUUGCAUUUCAGAAGAAAGUGCAAAGCAAAAUCAAAGAUCUUCUUCAGCAAAUGGAGGAGGGCUUGAAGACGGCAGACCCGCACGACUGCUCCGCCUACACCGGCUGGACGGGCGUAGCCCUGCUGUAUCUGCAGCUGCACCGCGGGACGCAGGAGGACGAGCACUUGCGGCGCGCGCUGGACUACGUGAAGCGCACCCUGAGGAGCCUGAGCGGCCGCCGCGUGUCCUUCCUGUGCGGAGACGCCGGGCCGCUAGCCGUCGGUGCCGUCGUCCACCACCACCUGAAGAACCAGGCCGAGUCACACGACUGCAUCACCAAACUGCUGGCGCUCCAGCGCUCGGUCCUCAGCCCAGACGCAGACGUUCCUGAUGAGCUUCUGUACGGACGCGCCGGCUAUCUCUACGCCCUGCUGUAUGUCAACAAAGAAAUCGGGCCGGAAGUGGUGGAUGAGGCCACCAUCGCCAAGGUGGUCACGGCUAUUCUGGAGUCGGGGAAGAACUUGUCUAAAGAGGAGAAGAAAAGCGAGCGAUGCCCGCUGCUGUACGAGUGGCACAAGAAGCAGUACGUAGGAGCCGCUCACGGUCUGGCAGGCAUUUACUACAUGCUCAUGCAGCCGAGCGCUAAAGUGAGCCAGGAGGUCCUGAACGAGCUGCUUCGGCCCAGUGUGGAUUACCUGCGGCACAAGCGGUUCCGGUCCGGCAAUUACCCAUCAUCCCUCAGCAACGAGAGCGACCGACUGGUGCACUGGUGUCACGGGGCGCCUGGAGUCCUGCACAUGCUCAUCAUGGCUCAUAAAGUGUUCAGGGAUGAGAAGUACCUGCGUGACGCAGUGGAGUGUGGAGAGCUGAUCUGGCAGAAAGGUCUGCUGAGGAAAGGUUACGGGAUCUGUCACGGCACCGCAGGCAACGGAUACGCCUUCCUCUCGCUCUACAAGCUCACACACGACAAGAAGUACCUGUAUCGGGCCUGCAAGUUUGCUGAGUGGUGUCUAGACUACGGGAAGCACGGCUGCCGCAUCCCUGACCGGCCAUACUCCCUGUUUGAAGGAAUGGCCGGAGCCGUCCACUUUCUCUCCGACGUCCUCCAGCCCGAGGGAUCCAGCUUCCCUGCUUUUGAACUUUGACCUGUGCGUGUGGACUCAUAGACUUCUGUUGAGCUCAGUGGUGCGCCUGGUGGACCCUUUACAACGGACACACACACACACACACACACACACAACAGCCUUUCAACCGACGCCUUGAGCUGUGUGUCCGUAGCUCGUGUCUUCAUCAGUCUGUUGGAUUAUAUCUGAAGCUAAUACAUGUUUGAGUUUGAUGUCUUUGUGCGUUUGCAUGUGUGUCGGUGAAUCGCACUGGAGCUUUCGUUCGUUCGUUCGUCGGUGUCGUCUCGGUCUCUGCAUGAGGAUGGAAACACAAGCUCAUGUCGGAAUGUGUUUGUGCGUCUUGAAGCCAAUAUAAUCCGAAUCCGACUUAGUGUGUUUGUGUGUCAGUGUUAUCGUCUCGAUGACUGAACCAAUCCAGUGUUCCUGAAAGAAUGUACACAUCGUUCCUCAGGAUAUGAAUGUCUCAAUAAAUUGGGCCUUUUCUGAA